GUUUUCUGCCAGCUCAGACGCUACUGGCAGGUACCCCAUUUUGUGAUGCAACGCUCGAGCUAGACAGGACCUGCCGCAUCGACUAGGCGAAAACUUCAAAGCAAGGUGGAAUGAAGGUGUCAAUUAAAUGAAACGUUGGGUCCAUAAUGACACUCUUUUUGAAGCCAGUGAUGGGCUUUUGUGGGUGGUCAGGUACAAAAUCCGGAGGUUGGGUGCAUGGCGUUGAGAGCUUCGGAGGAGGUUGGGAACACCCAUCGCCCGACCACCACUUAGAUGUUACCAGCCAUUGGAAAAUCCUCAGUAAUAAAUCCCGCCUUGCUGGACCCUCCCAAUUCCUUUCCGCUUUCCUCCUGGACCUAGAAUACCCUGACUGGAAUCUCUGACAACAUUGUGCAUUCUUCCUUUUUUUUGUUUUUGGCAAUCUUUUGCGCCUCCAGUCACAGUCACUCUCGAGUAACUAACAGCAGCUUGAGCGUCGUCCGAGAUACCUCGGGACG